UUUUACAAGAUGUAUUCAGGAAUUUUUGUGUUUGGUUCUGAAAUAUUUGAGAAGCCUUCUCGUGAUAAAAUAUCCUUAUUGCCACUUGAACUUUCUUGGAAAAUAUUUUUAUAUUUAGAUGAUGCAUCUCUACGUAGUGCCUGUCGUGCAAGUAAAAUAUGGAAAAGAAUUAUAGUUAGUCAUAAAAAACUUAGGGGUAGCCUCAAUCUGUUCGAACUGGCUCUAAAAAUGGGUUCUAAAAGAUUAGCGCGGUUUUAUAAGACAAAUCAAAAGUUAAUGAGGAAGAUGUCCAGAAAAAAUUAUUUGGCCGUAGGAGAAAACAAAGUUGAAUCAACGAGAAACUCGAAUAAAAAAGCAAAAAGAGCCGGAGAAGACGUAACAAUCCAUACGAAGAGAUUUAGAAUUUUUUGAUUUGAAGUUACAGUUUUCGAUUAAAACUAUUUAGCCUUUU